AUGUCUAUCAAGUACACCGGAGUUAUCAAAGGUAAAUGGAUAAACAGUCAAUGGAUGCAGCUAGUCAAAAAUGAGAUAAUGGUCUUAAAGUGGGCUAAGACUUCAGAAGUGUAUGAAGCCCUUAAGAGAAAAGAUCUGGUAGAAGCGAACCUGAGAGGAAGAGCUCUCUUUCCUAUUCUCGAGGCCAGAAAGGCCAACUUCAAUCCCAUUGAAAGAGGUGCUAAAGCAGAAGCAAAAGCUUUGAAGAGAUUGGAUGAGAUCAUGGAGGAUUAUGUUUCAGUGAUUACUCGAUACGUUGAUGGAGCAAGUUGCUCAGGAGCUAGCCCAUUCGGUAGUUCCUCAAACGAAGAUGAACAAAUGUACUUAUCUGAUGAUGUUGCUGCAGAUAAAUAUGAGAAAGUUGUUGCUCAUCUAAUUGAACUUGGAAGUUUUUCUGCAGAAGAAAAUCGUUUGAAAGCUCAACCCUCUAUUGAGAAAGCCAGAGAACCUAUUCAGUCCAACCCAUCUAGAGAAGAAGAAGAAGUUAUUCAAGAGCCUCCUCAAGCUCUUGAAAAUGAUACUGAUCAAGAGCUUGUUCAAGCUCGUAUAUCGAAAGAUAGAGAAGUUGUUGAAGAGCCUGUUCAAACUCUUGUAACUCAAGAAGAAGAAAUGGUAAAAUCCCCUGCUGUCAGAACAGAGGGAUCUCAAGAAAAAGAGGCUGAAGUCAGUCAGCCUGAGGUUGUCAGAUCAGAGGGGGAACCCUCAAAAGAUAAAGAAGCUGAGAGUAGUUCCUCAUCUGAGGGGGAACAAGAUCAAAACGCUCAAAAAUUCAAGCUUCUACCAUUUCCCAAUAUCAAUGUUGCUAAUGUUUAUGAGAAUAUUCUUAAUCCUUAUCACAGUUCAGGGAACUUGCUCGAAAGGAUUAACAGGGCAGAGAAGGAGCUGGAAGAAGAAGAACAAGAUAAAUCUGAUAGUGAAUCAGAGAAGGAUGAACCUGAGCAGUCCAUGCAAGUUCAUACCAACUUCAGCCCAAUUCAGAUCGUUGCAGCAGAUUCGCAAAAGAAUUCAUCGAAUGAAGGAUCUUCGGUUAAUGGUACAAAGCUCAUUAAGUCGAUGUCAACAUUGUUAUCAAUGCUCCAGAAGAAUGUGGCAGCUAUGCAAUCCAACAUGACGAAAAUUAUGAAGGCCCACACGAAAGACAAGAAGAGUCUUGCUGAUCUUGUUAAAACUCAUAAUGAGUUGGAGCUAACAUUGAAGAAAAACAUGUACGAGGAAGUCUCCAAUACAAAUUUUGGAAGGUUUGAAAAGAAACUCUUCAGUCGACAAUCUGAAAUGAUGAGCCUUGAAAGACAGAUCAAUCUUGAUAAUCAAAGAGAGGUUAUGGAGGCAAUGGGAUUGAUUCAAAAUCAUCUGGUUGAAAUUCAAGGCAGUAUGAGAAGAACAGAUGCUGAAAGACUAGAGUAUGUUGACUCCAUCGCAAGGAAAUUUCAAGUUGAAGAGAAUGUUAAAGCUGCUGAGAAAGAGCAAAAUAUCAUCACUCAGGGAGAAGCUGUUAGAGAUAGAAGAGGUGACGGUACUGCAACCAGCACCGGAUCUAAACGAAUGCCAACCAAUGACGAAAACCCAAGGCCAACUAAAAGAGGCGGAGGCAGAAGCGGCGGUGAUCGUGGAGGCCGAAGUACUAGUGAUCGCGGAGGUCGUAGUGCUGGCAGCAAUCGUGGUGGGCGAACUGGUGGAAGUGGUCAUUGUGGACGCGGUCUUCCUCCAUUCCAAAACCUGCUAACUGGUGAAGGGAUGAGUGGUGAAGGAUUCACCUAUCCAAUUGAUUCUUGA